UUUCUCUUUCUCUAGAUCUCUUCUACAUCCUCUGUUUUCAUUCCCCUGUCCAAUAUCUAAUGGCCUUCCCUUCAUCAUCAUUAGAAACAUGGUGGAUGUUUAUACUUCCAACCAUAACAUCACAAAACUACAUACUUAACAAUCUCCUCUUGACAAUCCUAAUUGCACUCAUCUCCAUUGCAUUUCUAACAUGUACUAUCCCAAAAGGAGGCAUAGCUUGGAAAGAUGGAAAAAACCAAAUGGGUCAAAUCCCUAUAGAAGGACCAAAAGGUCUUCCAAUAUUUGGAAUCUUAUUCACCUUAAAUAAUAACCUACCUCACCGUACACUUGCUUCAUUAGCUUCCACACUAUCAACCACAAAACAACUCAUGGCCUUUAGUUUAGGCUCAAUCCCUGCAGUUAUCACCUCAAACCCUAACAUAGCACGUGAAAUAUUGAACUCACCCCAUUUUUCAAAUCGUCCAAUUAAACAAUCCGCUAAAAGUCUUAUGUUUAGUCGUGCCAUUGGUUUCGCACCAAAUGGCACUUAUUGGCGUUUACUACGUAGAAUUUCAUCGAGUCAUCUCUUUUCUUCGAGGCGCAUUGUAGCCCACGAAACAGGUCGUAGGCUAGAUUGCGCUAUUAUGCUAAGCUCUAUAGCUUAUGAACAAUCCAAACAUGGAUUUGUUUGUUUAAGGAAACACCUUCAAGAUGCAGCUCUUAACAACAUUAUGGGAACGGUUUUCGGAAGAAGGUUAUAUAAUCGAGAACAGUGUCACGUUAAAGAGUUGCAUGAGAUGGUAAGGGAAGGGUUUGAGCUUUUAGGAGCUUUUAAUUGGUGUGAUUAUGUGUCUUGGAUUAGCUUGUUUUAUGAUCCUUAUUGUAUUCGUGAAAGGUGUUUGGCUCUUGCUCCUCGUGUUAAGAAAUUUGUGAAGAAGAUUUUGGAUGAACGUCGAAUGAUUCCUUCUAAGAAGAUUUAUGAUGAUUCUGACUUUGUUGAUGUUUUGCUCUCUCUUGAAGGAGAUGAGAAGCUCCAAGAUGAUGACAUCAUUGCCAUUCUAUGGGAGAUGAUAUUUCGUGGCACGGAUACAACAGCACUUCUUACUGAGUGGAUAAUGGCAGAGCUUGUUUUGAACCAAAACAUCCAAACAAGGCUUCGUGAAGAGCUUGACAAAGUUGUGGGAAACAAACACAAUGUUACAGAUGCUGAUGUCACCAAAAUGCCAUACCUCGAAGCAAUUGUAAAAGAAACAUUGCGACUUCAUCCAAUUGGGCCUCUCCUUUCAUGGGCCCGUUUAUCCACAUCAGAUGUCCAACUCAGCAACGGGAUGGUGGUCCCAGCCAACACAACUACAAUGGUCAACAUGUGGGCCAUAACCCACGAUCCAAAUGUGUGGGCUGACCCAUUGGUGUUCAAGCCAGAGAGGUUUUUGAAGAGUGAAGGGGGUGUUGAAUUGGAUGUGAGGGGUGUGGAUCUAAGGCUUGCACCUUUUGGCGCUGGUCGUAGGGUUUGCCCCGGCAAGAACCUAGGCCUUGUGACUGUGAGUCUUUGGGUGGCUAGGUUGGUCCACAAGUUUCAAUGGUUUCAAAAUAGGACUAACCCUGUUGACCUCACUGAGGUGCUCAAGUUAUCAUGUGAAAUGAAGAACCCUCUCCAAGUUGUGGCUAUUCCUAUAGACUUGGUUAAAGUCUAAGAAUUUAUAUAUAUAUAUGUUUUAAUGAAAUAAAAUAAUUUUUAAAUUUUGGCAUGGAUUGUUUGCAAUCAAUUUUAUGAUGAACUUAUACCUGCAAACAAUUAAAUUAAGAGAUAAAAAAAAAAUUCUUAAUCUAAUUGUAUUGUAUAUAGUCGACGGCAUCAUAAAAUAGGUGGCAAAAGAUUUAUUUUGUCCAAAGUUGUUCCAGAUAAUGGUAGAGUAUUUAUUUUUAGUUUUUAUUAUGUGUG